AAUAAUAUUUCUGAAGGAUAAUUUCGGUUUCGAGGAAUGGACCUUUGCUUUUGUAUUUGCAAAGCCUGACGAGCUGUCUGCGCGACGAAGGACAAUGGCUUUGAGUGUACAGUAUAAGGACCUUCUUGACCCAGCACCAACUACAUCUCGCGAAGGACUGUCUACCAGUUCAGUAACAAAGACUGAGGAGGAGAAAUCUCGAAUUUCGGAAAACCCAUUUUUGACUUCUAGUGGAAGAUUGAGUUUAAAAUCAAAAAAUGAAUCUCGAGAAACACCACAUUCUACUAGAUUAGUUUACCGUCAAACUGAGCAACAAAAAUCAUCUGAAAAAUUGACAUUUUCUCCUUCAUCAUCAUUGUCAUCAUUGUCAACUUCAAAGACAGAAAAGACUGAACCUCCAACAGCAGAGAAGAAAACUUUUGUCCUGAGUGGAAGAUUUAGAUUAAAAUCACCAAGUGAUCCUCCUGAAAAGCUUUCACACCGUGAAACAGAUUCACAAAAAUCAGUCGAGAUAAUGUAAUUACCGUCAUCUGUUCUACCAAGUACAACAUCAUUUCGUGAAUUUAAUGUUGCAAUCGUGAAAGAUAAAACGCAGAAUGAGCAAACAAUUGUUGCUGAUGUUAAUGCAGGACCAUCUACUUCUCAUUCUGUUUAUCGUGUACCAACAGAAACAUCAUUAUCAUCAUCGUCAUCAACUGGACUCGAUUUAAAAAUCACUUCUUCAACAGU